AUGAGUGACGACGUCAUGGUGAAGCACACGUUCUCCGAUAGAAACACUGAAAUCGAAGUGAACGUGCAUCACUCUCAUCUCAGACGCGAUGCGCUCGAGAAACUUGCCGCCCUCUCCGCCAAAUCCCCUAAGACCGCAACGGGCCACUCGGACCUGACAAGACUCUGCAAGACAUGCCCCCAGAUACACACAGGAGCCAAUGGCUACGGCCAUGGCGGCUCGUUCAGUCGUCCUCCUGCCGCGAGCAUUCCGAUGAGCUUGCCAGAACUGGAGGUCCUUCUCGCGCUAUGUAAAGCAGCCCCAUCCGUACAGAAUCUUGAAAAUGCGCAACAAUUGCAGCAACAAAUCUCGCCAUAUCUUCCUGAGUCACACGUACAAGCCAUCAAACCUUCAUCCUCCGUCCGCGAACUCGAUCCCUCCCCAUGGGAGACCCUUACCUUCCAGCUCACGUCGGCCCUCCUGUGUAUAGGUGUGAACCACACAAGCCUUCGGCGGAAGGCCGCUGCGACAGCGCAAGAUUACAUCGAGGCUUGGUCAAGUGUAGCAGCCACCUUGUCGGCAGAGCAAUUCGACGGAGAUGACACCGUGGAUUUCCGGGAGGAUGGAGCGCUUUCCAAGGUUGUCACCCUCGCGAUGUCACUAUUGGGCUUCACCGAAGCAGCCGCUCAAUACGCGUGUUUCUGGACAGCUCGAGAAAGGCUUCAGGUCAUCGAGUCGUUGCGGGAGGCUCUGUCAGAGAAGUUUGUGGUUGCGCUAGAAACAGCCUUGUCCGUAAUCCGGAAUGCACGAAGCUCGCAGCGUGGCUUGAGAGAAUGGAAGAGAUACACGAAGCACUAUGCAGCGACCGGACGGCCUCUUGGUGUCAUGUUACUGCGACAGGCCUUUACGCGAUUGAUCGCGUCUUCUGCAUCACUGCUUGUCGCUCCCUCGAUGCCCCAUACCGAGCAAUCCGUGCUGGACGUCCUCCGGACUAUGAAACGGGUAGACCUCAGGUAUACGGAGCCAGUAGAUGAAGAGCUGCUGUUCGGUCUUGCCGACAUUGCUGCAGACGAGUUAAGAUUAUUGGAAGAGGGCUCCGACUACCUUCAGAUUGGAUCAGCAUGGCAGCAGCGCCUCGCAUGCGCAGUCAAAGCUAAUGCGUUGAUUAGCUUUCUCUGCUGUUCCAUCGUGGAUGAAGAGGUCGCAGAGCCGGACACCUUGAUAACAUGGCUAGAAGCAACUGUCGCAGACCCGGUCCAGCUAGCCGACGAAAACUUGGCUUCGGUCGUGUUCAAGUGUAUGAGCGUGCUAGCGAAGACGUCGUCAUCAAUCGCUGCUACCUUGAGCCGUUUCCUUCCGCGUGUCAUUGUGCAAGGGGGCUUCGACGGUCGCACAGCUUCCGUAGCGGCGGACUGUUUAGGAUCCAUUCUGAUGCUGCUCCCACAAGACGCAGUCAUCGCAACACUCUACAGCUUGGGAAAUGUUCUUAGUGCUGGCGCUGAAAAGGACAGAGCUGCCACAGCUUCACCGUUUGCUGAUGGCACAUCUACGUCGAGAGCACAACCGAACGGUGGCCUCUACAAGACCAAGACUGGAGGAAGUGCAAUAUCACUCGCACCUAGUGACGUUGAAGAGCCAUCGCUUGUCUAUGCAACUGUCAUCCAAACCAUAGUCAGUAUUGCGACGAGCUGCAGUGAUGAGAAAAUUACGGCAUUAGCUCUCUCAAUGCUUAUACAGAAGGUGGGCCGAGUCAGCGUCUCAGUAGACGCCGAGAUCAUCACAGAGUCAGCUCUCCUUGGAGCCGGAAGCGGGGAAAGCGAGUUUCGAUCUUUACUGAAGCUCUACGAUAAACUAGCUCAUGAUGCACUGAUUCGAAACAACUUGCUGAUCCUCGAAGCGGUGAUGACAGCAAGGAACCAUCUGUCCCGCUCCAUCAAGAAGGACAAACCAUCCUUUGGAAUCUACGUUAUUCACCUGCUCGAGACGAUCAUUAGCAAAGGAGAUGCCCACGAGAAAUACAACAGAUAUAUUGCGGACUCUGACCUAGCUGCUCAGGAGAUCGGUCAGCUGCUCUCACCGCUGGCUUUGGUGGUUUCGCUCAACAUAGCUACCGCUGGCGAGAAGCCUGGGAAUGAUAGCAUCAUAAUCCUGCAACGCGACGCUUGGUUCAACAUCGUCGUUCACGGCUUCGAUCUCACAACGCCGCUUGGUCAGAAGCACAUCAACGAACUCCGCGUGCUGGCACAGUACAGCCAACCGCUGGUAGCAGAAGAUCGUGCAGAUCAGUUGGAAAGUGACAUCGAGCUGAAUGUUGUCUUGAGGAGAGGCAAGGGCGCGGAGCAAGCGGUCGACCAAAAGAAGCAUCUUAUCGAGCUGCUACCUUCUUGUGAACCGCACAUCAGGUCUAUAAGCUAUCCUGAGGCGGUGUUCCUCAAUGCUGCUAAUCUCGUUGAGUCUUUGCGGGCGAGUUCUGGGGACUGCACCAAGUCCCUAAUCUACUUUCUAGAUCCGAAACUACGCAAUGGACCGAUGGGGAACGUCAUGACCGCGAUAGCCCUAGGAACAGUCAAGACGUACCUAUCGCGGACACUUACGGGCAAUAUCCAAGCUUUCUCCGCUCCAUAUCUCGCUCGGCAGCUCUCAAUCAUUUUCAGCAGGUGCUGCCACCGUAUCAGCCGGGUCCAGCAGGUUGCUUAUUCAUGCGCCGAUCUCAUUAUCAACUCAGUGCCGUCGGCGUUGUGCCAGAAGACAUCAUUGUUUGCGCUCUUAGAGCUGUUGACCCUCAUGUGGUCUAGCUGUCUUGAGGGCGAGACUGAUGAGUACGAGUGGACGGCCUAUCAUGCGUCUGCUCGAGAAGACAUAGCCGUGGAGCUGUCAGACGAUUACAGCUUCAGGCGCUCGACACUAUUGACUUUCCAGAAACACGCUAAAGAGUGGGUAGGAAAAGCACUGAACGUCGCGCCGUUGGACAUCAAGGGCUUCCUACAGACUUAUCUGUCAGAGAUCGAUGACGAUAACGCGUACGGUCACGUAGCACUUGGGAGAUCUUUCGCAUUGGAAAUGGGCUCUGCUAUACCCUCUACAGACCAACGACUUGGAGCGAUUGAUCAGCACAGGGAGCUCCACAUCAACACGGCGUCUGACUUCGUCUCUCAGUACACUACGCGUCAAGAAUAUCGCCUUGUUGAUUGUAUCCAAGACCAGCAAGAAGAAUGGACGCGUCCCGCCAACGGUACAGACCUUCUCGUUCGCAAGACACUUGGUCUCAUCCAGAGCAUGGAAGAUGCAAAGACUCUACUUCAAGAUCUUGAAGCUCGUACCUUUAGCAACCGAGACGUGCCAAUUGCCGAGCUACGCGACGCUCUGAGAAGAGCAGCGGCCCUGCUCUGUCGGGCACGGACGGAUCAAUCUGCGAUUGUGCAUCACCUUGUGGGCAUACCCUUCGCAGUGUUCUCUAAGCAAGCUAUCAAGUUGGGCAUCUCCUUAUGGACGAGCGUCAUCAAGGAGAAUCCUAGGAUGCAGUCAAGAAUCCUGGUCGAGAUCGUCGAGCAAUGGGAGGCAACGGUUCACAACAAGCGUGGCUUCUUCGAUGAUAGCCAUCACCAUUUCGACCCGUUCUACGUGAAGCAGGAAUUCGCGCCUACCGACAAAGCGGCAAUUCAAAGACAGCAUCAGCGAACCCACAACAUGAUUGCUCCUCAUUUUCGCCUACUGCAAUUCUUCUCAAGCCACUUCAACGCUACCAGGCUUGGGAGUCCUCACGUGGAGAAGAUUUACAACCGACUUAUGCACGUCACUCUGGAAGCCAUGCCCUACACCUCCAACCACCCCUUGGCGCGAGAAGUGCAUUUCCACAUCGUCCUACUCGGGCUUCGAGUGCUCCGCUUCAGCACAGAUCUUAGUGCGGCCAUGCAAUGGAGACUGAAGGAUCGCAUCCUCUCCGCAGCACUUGUAUGGUUUUCGAGGCAGCCAAAAUGGUCAUUUGGCGGAAACCGCCUUCAGGUCAAAGCGGAGACGCAUAUUCUAGCCGAUGUCCAGGCUGCACUGCAAGAUGUUGCCACAGUCGGCAUCAAACCGAAUGCUACCCUCAAGUCGUUGCAGACAAAGCAGGACCUGCUACUCAUGCUCCUGGCAAAUGAACAGUCGCGGCUCAUGGUCUGGCUGUUCCCGCUUGAUUACGAGAAGAAGCAUUACUUCACUUCUGGCCAGCAUUCGAAAGAACCAGCAGAGGGUGCUCUUACUCUCCUACUCAAAACGGCCUGGGCAGAAGACUCAGCAUUAGCUGUCCAGCUAGCACACCGCUUUCCUUCUGCGAAGCUCACAAAUGAAGUUCGUUGGUUGAUUCUCAACUUCCCAGACAAGAUCACACAUGAACCGGAUGCUCUAGAGAUCCUGCUUGGCAAUUCACUACCCAGUGAUGUGUCGUUCCAACUCAAGUACCUAUUAUACUGGGCACCAGUCAACCCUAUAACAGCUGUGACCUACUUCCUGCCUGCAUACGGCAACCAUCCGUUCAUCAUUCAGUAUGCCAUGCGAGCCUUGGAGAGCCAUUCGGUCGAUGUCACCUUCUUCUAUGUUCCACAGAUUGUGCAAACUCUGCGAUACGACGUGCUGGGAUAUGUGGAGAGGUACAUCAUCGAGACAGCAAAGUUCUCACAGCUUUUCGCCCAUCAGAUCAUCUGGAACAUGAAGGCCAAUGCAUACAAGGACGAAGACUCUCAGAUACCCGAUCCUGUAAAACCAACGCUCGACAAAGUCAUGGAUGCGUUGAUCUCAAGCUUCGGAAAAGACGACAAAGCCUUCUAUGAGCGCGAGUUCUCCUUCUUCAACGAAGUGACGAGUAUUUCAGGCAAGCUACGACCAUUCAUCAAGAGGCCCAAGCCCGAGAAAAAACAGAAGAUUGAAGAAGAGUUGCGCAAGAUCAAAGUAGAAGUUGGAGUGUAUCUACCGAGUAAUCCAGAUGGUGUGGUUAUCGGCAUUGACCGUAAAUCCGGCAAGCCUCUUCAGAGCCACGCGAAAGCGCCGUAUAUGGCUACGUUCCGCAUAAGAAAAGAGAAGGGAGAGGUCGAGGAGAGGGAGGAGAAGCUGAACCAGGCAGCCGAUGGCCCAAGAGAAAACACUUAUGAGGUUUGGCAGUCGGCCAUCUUCAAAGUGGGCGACGAUUGUCGUCAAGACGUCCUGGCACUGCAGAUGAUUGCUGCCUUCCGAGGCAUAUUCCACAACGUCGGUUUGGAUGUUUACGUCAAUCCCUACCGUGUCACAGCCACGGCACCGGGAUGUGGCGUCAUCGACGUCCUACCCAAUUCCAUCUCGCGCGACAUGCUCGGCCGCGAAGCGGUGAACGGUCUCUACGAGUAUUUUGUCUCCAAGUACGGCGGUGAAGACUCAAUCCGCUUCCAGGAAGCACGAACCAACUUCGUAAAGUCCAUGGCCGCAUACAGUAUCAUUUCGUACCUGCUCCAGUUCAAGGACCGGCACAAUGGUAAUAUCAUGAUAGAUGACGCAGGGCAUAUCCUGCAUAUCGACUUUGGUUUCUGCUUCGACAUCGCGCCCGGCGGCAUCAAGUUCGAACGUGCCCCUUUCAAGCUUACUUCCGAGAUGGUCGCGGUGAUGGGCGGCUCCACUACUUCUCAACCGUACCGCUGGUUCGAGGAACUCUGCAUCAAGGCGUUUCUUGCGUCGCGUCAGCACUGCGAGCAUCUCGUUCACAUGGUCGUUGUUAUGCUUGAUAGCGGUUUGCCGUGUUUCAAGCCGGAGACGGUACAGCACUUUCGAGAGAGGUUUGUGCUCGAGAGGAACGAGAGGGAUGCAGCGGAUUUCGUGAAGGAUCUCAUCAAGAAGAGCUACAGCAGCCAUUCAACGAAGACGUACGAUCAGUUCCAGCUACUGACGAACGGUAUUCCUUAUUAA